UCGUCUUUGUAUCUACCCCCCCCCACCCCCCCUCAGCACUCCCAGCAUUCCCAGCAUCCCCCCUCUCCAGCUCCACCGACCAUGACCUCCACGCACCCCGAGCCUCCGUGCGCCUACUCGGCCAACCGCGUCCUCCUGUCCCUGUCGACCGAGACGCAGGGGCACGGCUCGACGGCGGCCUUUGUGCCGGCCGGCACCCCGCGGCCGAAGCCCAGCUCCCUGGGCCCGGACGCCCCGGUCACCGAUCUGAUCACCCUCACCCGGCACACCCUGAGCGAGCAGCGCCGCCAUGCCUCGGCUUCCGGCGAUCUGACCCUGCUGCUGGUCUCUCUGCAGCUGAGCUGCAAGUAUGUGUCUUCCCUCGUGCGCCGUGCCGGCCUCGCCAACGUCACCGGCCUCGCCGGCGGCGGCCCCAACAUCCAGGGCGAGAAGGUCCAGCGCCUGGAUGUCUUGGCCAACGAGGUGUUCAUGAACUCCCUGCGCACGUCCGGCCGGGCGGCGGUCCUGGUCAGCGAGGAGGAUGAGAACGCCUUUUUUGUGACCGCCGCUCCCGAGGGCAGCCCUGAUGCCGACUCGCGGCCCGGGCGCUAUGUGGUCUGCUUCGACCCGCUGGACGGCUCGUCCAACAUCGACUGCGGUGUGUCCAUCGGCUCGAUCUUCGGCAUCUACCGCCUGCCCGAGGGCUCGGAUGGGACAUCCCUCGAGCGGGACGUCCUGCGCCCCGGGACCGAGCUCAUGGCCGCCGGGUACGCCCUGUACGGGUCCUUCACCGGCCUGGUGCUGGCCACCGGGGACGGGGUCAACGGGUACACCCUGGACCCGAGCCUCGGGGAGUUCAUCCUCACCCACCCGUCCAUGCGGAUCCCCUCGCGCGGGAACAUCUACUCCAUCAAUGAGGGCAACGCCAGCAAGUGGGGGCCAGCCGUCACUCGGUGGGUCAACCACUGCAAGUUCCCGGAGGCCCCGACCGCCGACGCCGAGGGCAAGCCCCUGGCCGGGCUGGAUGAGGCCACCCUCAAGGUCACGCACCCGCUGCGGCCGGCCGGCUCGCUGGCCGUCCGCGCCGAUGAGCACGACAACCAUGGGACUCGGAAGCCGCGUUCCCUGCGCUACGUCGGGUCCAUGGUGGCCGACGUCCACCGGACCUUCCUCCACGGAGGUGUUUUCGCCUACCCCGCGGACAGGAGCUCCCCCAACGGCAAACUGCGCAUCCUGUACGAGGUCCUGCCCAUGGCCUUCCUGUGCGAGCAGGCCGGCGGCCGGUGCACCACCGGUCUGAAGCGCGCCCUGGCCAUCCGCCCGGACAAGCUCCACGCCCGGACCGGCAUCUUCCUUGGCAGCGCGCUGGACGUGGCCGAGGUUGAGCGCAUGUACCAGGAUGAGGAGAACGCCAAGAAGUAGGCAGCACACAGGCGCUUUUUUUUUUCUUUGGCCCAGUCGGGUCCCCUCGCCCUGGAGUGCCACCCAUUGGCUGCCCGCCUUUCACUGUCUCGCCCUCUCCUUUUCUCCCUCUCCCUCCCUCUCUCUCUCU